UUCUCUUGACACAAACUCUGCAGAUUUGUGGGAAUGUUGCAUCUUGUAAACUUUUCUGUCGCACUACACAGUGAUAAUGUCUUUGAAACACCAUAUUUUCUUAAUCCUAAUUGAAAGCAUUGCCAGAACGUUGCCUGCGCGGACGCAGUUCUAAUGAAAGAUCAUCGACCAGCGUGUCCCUCUCUCCCUCUCCAAAGACUCAACCUGACCUGCUGAGCAUUUGCAGCACCUUCGGUGAGCGAAUACGUGAUCCUAUUUAUGUUCAACAAAACAACUCAACUGAAGUAAAGAUUUAUCUGAAACGAGAAUGCCUACUUUCCCAGUAAAGUGACAAAGCAAGCAUUAAGUUCCUUUUUGAGACUGGCUUUCGUUAAAUGCAGCAAUGUCCCUUGUCCCUUCAAUCUUUUCUCCUGUGUUAUCUGUGCAAAGAGGCUUGGCUCAGCUUUCUGCGCUGUGUGGAGCCAAAACACAACGCUGAUGUCAAGAGGAGCAAAUCUUCCUGAAGGCAGGCGAGCAUAGUUUACAAGUCAGUGGAGCUAUUAAUAGGCCUGAGUUCUUUUACAAUGUCAACUGUAACCAAAGCCGUUGUGUUAAAGUGUGUUUGCCUGAAAUAUCUACAGCCAGUAGUUGAGAGGUCUUGCUUCGGUAAACUUUAGACACACUAAUGGAGUCGGCGGAUAAAGUCCCCAACCAGCAUUUUGCAGUCAGUUUACUGGGUCUGCCAGCUGAAGAUGAUGUUUUUGCUGAGGACGAAGACGCGAAUGAAAUUUGGAUCAAGCCAAAAUCUUCCCCGCUUCCACGAAGACGGAGUUCUUCCUCAGACGAGGGCCCAGAACCUCCCCCGACCCCGAAUCGAAAAGUUUCCUUUGCUGAUGCAUUUGGUCUCGAACUUGUGUCUGUCAGAGAAUUUGACAAAUGGGAUUUGCCCACCGGCACACUGGGUGGGGAGCUGCCAGGUGAUCGCUUGCCCCUUGAGGAAUGUCUUUUACUCCCGCUGUUUGAACUCCCCUUCUCCCCUGACGACCUGAUGCAGAAACUUUACAGUCAGAAAGUGGAACUGGAAUCGACAGAGUUUCCUCCGGGAACAACCUGCAUGAAGGGACUCAUCCGUGUCUUGAACAUAUCGUAUGAAAAGCUGGUGUAUAUCCGGAUGACAUUGAAUCAUUGGGAGAGUUACUAUGACAUUCUGGCUGAUUAUGUGGCUGAUUCCUGUGAUGGUGAGACUGACCAGUUUAUAUUCAAAAUUUCACUGGUCCCCCCUUACCUGAAGGACGGGGCCAAAAUCGAAUUUGCAAUUCGCUAUGAAACGCCAGGUGCUGUUUACUGGGCAAACAACGAUCAUAAAAAUUACGUGGUUUUAUGCCACAAGAAAGGUGACCCCAACGCCAACGGAAAAUCGCCAGAAGAACUCGAUGAUCGAAACUUAAAAAGCUGCCUAAAGACAUCAUACAGCAAAGAGAACCUGGAAACACCUGAUGAUGACGGCUAUACCGUAGGACAAAGUACCAAAGACACAGCCCAGCAGGAAAACAUGGAGACACCUUUGGAAAUGAACAAAUUGAUGCAAUUGAAUACCGAAAGCAUAUUUGAUGAUAAUCCAGAACAAAAAGAGGAAAGAAGUAAACAACUACUGGACACACAGAUAAAUUCUCCAUUCCACAUUUCAUUGACCAGCCCAAGAGGUCAGGAAACUGAUUUAACACUUGUGGAAGGAUCACACACUCAUGUUUUGGAAGAACGAGAGCAGAAUUCCAGUAAAGCCAGUGAGUCACCAGUUAAUCAGCAGAAUGAUUUAGAAGUUGAACAUAAGUUUGCAGGUGUAAGUAAUUUCAUAGCAAACGAGGAAAAACAAGAGAAAGACCUUACGUGGGUCAGAAUCCAAUUGGACAGUAACAAAAAUACAUCCAGUUGGCCAACUCAGAGUCAUGAGGAAUGUUCAACACUACAAACAGAGAGUGGUAAUUUUGCAGUAAGCAACGACAACAGAAUGACCAAGUCUUCUAUGUUGUUUUAUGAUGAAGCAGAUUUACUAUAUGAAAGCUGCCUUCCUGUUUGUCAGGUAAGAGAUGAACAUGUUACGUCACAUGAAAGUGAUACAUCAGCUAAAUCUGGACCAGAAUUGAAUAGUUUCUCAGGAAACAGAGACAGUGUCUUUGCUAAUAACAUGCAGGAUAAUAUAAUCAUUCAGGAGGCCAUUGACAAAUGUGAUAAGCUCCUUAAUAAUACGCAAAAUCCUACACAGUUUCAACGAGAGAGCAUGGGUGCUGAAAUUGGAAGUGAUGAAUAUGAUUAUUUGACUGACAACACAGUAGCAAUCAGUGAAUCAGAGUCCACUUCUGUCUCUGCAGUAUGCACCAACACUGAUUUGGAAUCUGAGUCAGGUAGAAAGAGUUCUCCCCCUCAUGAUUCAAUCUCAUCAAAGGAAAAAAAGGUUUGCAGAGUAAAAGCAAAUGACACACAAGAGCCACCCCGAUAUUACAGUAAAGUUGAGAAGUUGGAAGAUGUACAGCAUGGUAAUGACUUUUCUACAAAAUCUAAUUUAACAAACCAGGAAGCAGAAAGUAUGCAAGAGCAAAUUUCAAUUAUACACGAUUUCAAGGUCAGUGGUCCUUUAGAAGUUACAAAACAUUCAAAAAUUGGAAAAGAAAUGGUCAUCAAAUAUGAAGUUGCUGCAAACGAAGGAAGUUCUUGUGAUGUGUGUUCAAAUAACAAGACGAUCGAUAAAAACACUGUAGGUGUCAUGGAAUCCAUGCAACAUACAGAUACACACAGUAAUUCUGAUAAUAGAAAAUAUCAAAAUACAGGAAAGGAGUUUGGUGCUUGUCUCCAGACCAUACCGAGUAAACAGCUAGAAUUUGCACCUGUGCUAAAUAUUGAAACUGCAACAAUACCUGCAGAAAUCCCCAAGCAGCAGGGUUCUUUAGAAGAAGAAAAAUACCAAGACUCUUGUGAAGUAGAUGACAUUCUGACACAAUUUCAAGAGAUUGAUUCAACAAAAGAGGAUAUUGUAAAUGAGCAAAAUAAAAAUAAAAUUCCAGCUUCACAAAUUGCAGAGCUGAGCACAAGUGCUCCAUCGUGUGUGUUAGCGGAUACAGUGGUUAAAGAAGCAAUAGAAGCAGCUUUGUUUGAAAUUAGUGGAGAUGAAGGAAGAGGUACCACACUUGUAUCACAAAAAGAGAAAGCCACUCAAAAUGUGCUAAGUGAAGACCAAUUUUCAACAUCCACUCAGGAGGGGUCCACAUCUUUUCAUGAACAACCUUCAAAAAUCCACAAUGCUCAUGAACAAAUCGCAAAAGAUGUUUCGCAGCUUGGUGAAUAUAUAAGUGAAACAAAUACAAUAUGUGUACAAAUGGGAAAGGAUGCACGUGAUGCUUCUCAGAAAAAUUCAGAAGUAGCAGCUUCUACAAUAAAUCUGCUAACAAAGACAUCUGUACCAAUUUCAGAAGACACUAAGUCUCCAGAUGUAUCUUUUAAUUACAGCCAAUCUUUAGAAGCCACACACAAAUUGACUGCAGAUUGUCAAGUGGAGAGUCAAAGUGAAGCCAAAAUUGCAGAAGUUGGACAAGAUGUUGCUGAUUCAGUGAAGGCAUUUCCUAAUUUUCAGGAAGAAGCAGGUGGAAGAAUUUCUAGCAAAAUCACUGAAACAAGUGAGAAAAUUCCUGGAAAUAUUUUUGAAUCUUCAGAUCUUAAAAUAACAGACAAUUAUGAAGUUAAACAGACACAUACAGAGGUUGUAAAGGAGUUGGCCAGUAAUACGACUGAGCUCCCAGAAGAAAAAAUGCAUUACCACGAGAGGGAAAAGAAUACAGACUUCAUGCAGCGUUGUCAUAUUUCAGAAUUGGGCUUUAAACAAAAUUCCAGUGCACCAGCUCCUAAAGGGUCUACAGAGAUGGGAAAAACAGAACAUAAGGGAGAAGAAGCAUUGAGCAUAAACACCAUUUUGCAACACUAUGGUGGAACAAAUGAACCUAGAUCAAUGGGAUUUACUCAAUCACAUACGUUUACUAUGUCUAAAGCUGUAAAGGAAGUUGUGCCUGUUCCUGGGCAGAUUGUAGUAGAAAGGGCAGAUGAUGAAACCAAUAUCGAGAAUGAGACAGUUGAUAAGCAAAAAUGUGAGGCAGUCAAUGAAGUUAUUAUGGACAUUGAAAGAGAAAGAGCUGAUAGAGAUUCUGAAUCAGUAGGUGCCCAUUAUCUGAAAAAUGUGGAAACGUGUCAUGACACUCAACUGAUGCAAAUAAAUGAGAGCAAAAGCCAAAAUGCAGUAAGGCCUAAAAAUAUUGCAAAAUUUGGCUCAAGUCCAUACAUUUCAAGUGAUACAACAGAGAAGAAAAGUGGAACUGAAAUGCCACCACAGAAUCCUGAGCCAUCUAGCCAUCACAAAUACAUAGGUCCAGUCAUAUUGAUUAGCAAACCAAUUGAAGGGGAUGAGGAAAAGAUAACAAACAGUGAUAUCUCCAGUAAUGUCCAUCCAUGUUCAGAAAGGUUAGAGUUUGAGGAACGUAACGAGAAAAUAUUUGAGAAUGAGCAUGCAAGUGAAGCUUAUGAUGGUGAUGCUAAGAGUGAGGAAUUACGGUUCCAGAGUGAGCCAUUUGCAGGUGAAGUUAAUUUGAAAAACACAGUAUGGAAAGUUUGCUAUUUUGUUUUAUUCAUUGUGUUUCUAGUUACUGUUUAUCAUUAUGACUUUAUAGGAUGUUUUGCAUUAUACAUUUUUUCAUUGUAUUGGUUGUAUUGUGAAGGAGAAACCAAUGAUUCUGUCAAAAAGGAAUGAUAUAAGUCAUAGUAUCUUAAUGAAUGAUGCAAGGAAAGACAAUGGUUGCAUAUAUGAAGAACUGAAAUUUGGUUUAUGAAUUAUUAACCAUUUGAGUAUUGAAAGUAACAUUGUUUUUCUGAAUACAUACAUCAUUUGUUUCACACAUCAAUAAAAUGAUUACCUACAUGUCUACCAAUAUUACAAGGUAGCAUUAAUCACAUUUUCAUAACAUAUAUUUUAUAAUUUACAACAUUCUUGAACAGCUUUAUUUUAUUUGUAUGAUGCUAAACAAUACUGGUUAAAUAGUUAGUGUGACAACAAUGUCAACAAAAUGCCUUACAGUCAGUUUUUAAGAAGUGCCUAGUUGAGACAGCUUUACAGAAAAUUGAUUUUAUGGCCUAUUUUCUUUGUAUCAAAUAAUGUGAUUGACAUUUACUUUUUAAAGAAACUUGGCUUUAAAAAAUCUUUGUGAAGUUCAUAUGACCAUUUUAUCACUUACUUGAGUGCAGUUCAGAUAAUUUCAGACCAAAUUUUUUUUGUGCUAUAAUAAAUUUGUAUAAUAAACUAGUGCAACAUCUACU